CACAAAUGUUGGUACAACGUGGUCUUUGUUAUUAUAAGGUGUAGUAUAUCAUUUGGUAAAGUUUAAGGAAAGAUUUUUACUGUAACACCGUGUUUACGUUGUAUAGUAUAGCUUAGUUAUCAUGACAAGUUUUGUUGUAAGCACCGAGAAUUCCACUGAACUGUAAAAGUACCAAGAACGCCGAGAUUUCUUUCGCAUUAGAAAAUGACAUCAAACAAGUUACUGACGUUAGUGCUGCUCAGACAGGCACCAAACAUUCUGCUCGGAAUGAAGAAAAGAGGCUUCGGUGCUGGACGAUGGAAUGGAUUUGGCGGGAAAGUGGAGCCUGGUGAAACUAUAAAAGCUGCCGCAAGAAGGGAACUAUUGGAAGAGUCCUGUGUGGUCUGUGAUGAUCUGAAGGAAGUAGGACAUCUGAAGUUUGAAUUUAUAGGUGAACCACAGAUACUAGAAGUACACGUGUUCACUUCCAGUAAUUUUGAAGGAGAGCCAAAAGAAACGGAAGAGAUGCGUCCACAGUGGUUUGAAGAAAAGUCGAUCCCCUUUGACCAGAUGUGGCCUGAUGAUUUACAUUGGUUCCCGUUACUGUUAAAUGGUAAAACGUUCUCCGGAUAUUUCUUGUUUGAAGGACAUAAUAAAAUCGUCAGAUACGAUUUAGGAGAAGUUGAAAGUUUAAAAUUAUAGAUUGAAUUAGUGAAAUUGUACAUUGUAUAUAUUUUCUAUGCCUUGAAUCACUUUCCGGUGUAAAGAAUUAACAAACUCGUAAUUUUAACUAAAACAACCAGGGCAAAAGAUGAACAAAAUAUAUUUGCAUGGAUUACCUUAAAAUGUACAAGGAGAUUAAGACCAUGCGAUCCGGAAGAGCAAGUGUCUUUUCCUUCAUCAAUGACACAGCCAUGCAGAUGUAGUUCAAAUCCGAAUCAAAUCAUCAAAAUGAGAAAUAUGGAAGUAGAAUGUGGAGAUGAGAGUGUCGACCAAAACAUUCGUCCACUGAUCUUCAUCAACGUGCAUCUCCUUCAAUAGGCGACAUAUGUCAUGGAAAUCACUAUGGAACAAGUCCUUUAAUUGAUAUCAAAUUAAAUGGUACAUGUAUAUACCGCAAAUAGGGGAAACCAGGGAUGUUACUUUGAAGAAAUGGAACAUUAACAAUUGGUAAUUUAAAAUAUCGCGCUAUCUUACAGCUGAAAUAUACGUCAUUCGUACCAGCUGUUUACGAUGUAAGUAAAGAUUGCGGUAGGCGUUUGAUGUUGAAGAAUCUCUUGUGUCAUUGAAUUCAAGUUCUUUAAGGUAUAUCCGAUUGACAUGGUUAAGUAUUCUUUUGUUGUUUGAAGACAACACUAUUAUAAUUACAAUCUAUAGGCGAAAUUGAAUGUCUGACUCUGUUUCCUGUUCUGAUAAGCUGUCCAAUAUAAUCAAACUCGUAUAAGAAAACCGAAGCAAAUUGGCCACGACAGGGAACACAGAUUGUUCCCGUGGGCUUGUCUGGUCAUGAAACUCAACAAAGAUGUUUUCUACAAGUAAUUCAGUCGUGCUCACGAUCGCAUUCUCGGUAGAAAUACAUUUUUUGCUCGUCUUGUGGUGACUCGGGUAGAUGAUUGAAACGGACUGCAGAGUUGAACAAGAUCGUACCGUAAUUGAAGAUUCCAAUUGUUCACUAACAAGACAGUCUGUGAUUGUUGCCAGUUUUAGGGACUAGAGUCGACCCUAAUCCAGUUGAUAGUUUUAGUCCUAGAUAAAAAGUGUGGGAUUUUGAACAACAGGAUUGUCGAGACUUGUAUUCGUGUUUCAGGUAUAUAUUGCAUGCCUAAUUUCCAUGGAGACAAUCGUUCGACGUGGUAAUUUGAGAUGUCAUGUGAUUUAGAUUCAUUGCAAGCAUCGUGAUGAAACACUGACUUAUGUUAUUUGUAUUAUAUAUAUUGAAAUAUAUAGUGAUACUAUUCAGCUCCUUUCAUGUCCUCGCAUACCAAGGGUUACGAUCCGCUUACUCUUGUAGAAGUAGGCCGAUCGUAACCCUUGACUGUCUAAUAAGAUGUUCAUCCCUAUAGUUGAAUAUUUUGCCUAUAUGCGAUUGGUUUGUUCUAUUCUGCAAAGAUCAUCCUGACCCUCUAGAAUGAAUAUUAAUGCUAUUAAAAGACGAGACACUUUUAUAUUUGGUAGUUCUGUUUUGUCUGGGACCACUCUCUGUUUCGUUAUUUUGUGCAUGUUAUGUAUAUAUUGAAUUUUUUUGACAACGGCUAUGGUGAAAUUGUUUUCGUUUCCUCUUCUCCUCUUUAUUAUUUUUUUGUUACUUCAUGAAUUCAUGUUGAACAUAAUUUAGAUUGUUGUCCCCAUUCCACAACAAUCUUAUUAGACAGUUUUCACAUAUACUUACAAUUGUGCUGGAAGCUCGAGUGUAUGUUCUAUUUUAAGAUAUUAAUACAGGUAUUAUAUAUAAGUAAUACAAGUCUCGUCAGGUGUAAAACCCGUGUUAAAUCUGUUCUGCCAAUUAUAAUUAAUAUGAAAACGAAUCUGUCGUCGAAAUAGACAAACAUUAACAGUAUCGUGUACACGCCUUCAUUCCCGGCCAUUCAAAGUGAAAUUAAUCAUAUUACUAGUAAUUCUAUUAUGCUUAAUCUUCAAACAACAAUGGGCUUAAUCGAGUUCAAAGGUUCACAUGAGUUCGUGGACGUUAUUCUAACCCGCUUCCCAGCAGUGAUAUUUAUCAACCAGGUACACGAUACAUAUUUUUCUAUAAAGAAAUAUUGAUUGAUAUUUAAAAACCAGGUAUAUGUGUACAACUGAUGGGUGCCGCCAUUCUAUCCCAGAGUGUAGCGGUCCCCUGAAGUAAAUAGGCUUCAGAAAGGUCGCCGUUGUACCACAUAUUCUACCUCGUUUCAAAUCGGUUCUGUUGCGGGGUUGGGAGGCGGAAGCUGUAAAAUAAAUCCACGGCAGGUAACACUUGAUUAGUUGGUACACGUGACUGUAAUCGAGUGUUUGCAUAUGCUUGGCUGAUGACACAUUGGAUUGACUAGCAGUGUCUUUGUUGUAUUGUACAAUUGUCACGAUUUGGAAAAUACGAAUAAAAAUUAUGUAACAUUA